GAUAUAGUUCUAGGCGCCUUGGACGUCAACAUUAAUAGUAAACAAACAAAACAUGUUACGGUUUUUGUUUCAGGAUUUUCACUGAAUCCACAUUAUGUUAUCCAACUAUUUUUUGAAAUUCAACCAGAAUGGACACUGUAGAACAGCCCCUCAACAUAGCAGAAUACAAUAGUCUCAUCACAAAUAUCAUCGAAUCGGCGGUCGAUGAACUGAUUCAGAAGCGCGAAUCCGGCGGCGUAUCGCUCGGCUACGAUACGGUUGGCCAAGAAUCGUACCUGCUCAACAUGUGUCGGCUGUGUGCCAAAGAGGAACCCCCACUUCUAGAGCUGUCCGAUGUUCACUUGGUGCUGAUCAAUGAGCUGGCGAUCAGUGGAAUCGAUGGAAGUGCAAGUUGUAGUAAAAUAUUUUCCUGCUGUUCGGAAUUUCUGGGCCGUAUCCGGGAGUUCCGUUGCAAGUGUGAGGAAGCUCAGAAGAAAAUUGGAUCAUUGCUUGCCGAGCGGAGUGUCAUAUCGGAUUUUCUAAGCUUAGAUUUCGGAAAGGAAGAUGAACCAUACGGAGAUUUUAGUUCGCCUCCGCCGAAUGUGAGCGACGUGGCCAAUGAAUCGGUAAUGGAUGAUUUUGUUCAAACACCCUCGGAGGUGGUGGCAUCACCAGAAAAGCCAAACGUGUUCUCGAAAGAUGCUGAGAAAACUCCUGUCAUAAAGGCACCUAACAAACCCGGAAAGGUUCGGUUGGAGAAAAAACAUUCGGCUGAGAAGAAACUCAAAAAGAUUACCGAUUCGCGUCGUCGAGUGGUAAAUGGUAGACUGCAAUGGGUGUGUUUGGAUUGUGAAAGGGUUUUCGAAAGUUGCACAAAAUUGAAAAAGCAUCGUCAGACUUGUGAAAUGGUGGGGAAUGAAAAUUCCAAACGCCUUGGUCCGUUCACCUGUGAAAUCUGUGGCCAGUCACUACCCACUCUAAUGGGAUUGAGGGUUCAUGUACACAAGCACAAUCGGAAGGCGCCAGAGCAGGAGAAAAAGACAAAACUACUGCCGGGACAAAGUCCAUCGGUAGCAAAAUCGGCGGUUUGUCAUAUAUGCGGGAAAUCAUUCACAAGCACGAGUUCGUUGAAGUCCCAUUUGGUUUUUCAUGGCGAGGAGAAACGUAACGAGUGCCAAAUUUGCAACAAGAAAUUCCAUAAAUUGUAUCGCUUGAAGGACCAUCUGAAUUGUCACACAAAUGUACGACAGUAUAAUUGCCAGAUAUGUGGAAAGGCAUUUUUUACCAAAGCGAUUCUGUACAAACACACCCGCUCGCAUGAUCAAAACUUCCGGAAGCAUCAGUGCACGAUGUGUCCGAUGAGAUUCGCCCAUCCCUAUCAGCUGCGUUCACACGUGAUGAUCCAUACAGCGGAGUACCCGCACGGAUGUAAACUCUGUCAGAGUAAGUUCCGCUUCUCGUGGGAUCUUAAGAAGCACUACACCAAAGCUCAUCCUCCGGAUCCGACACAACAGCAGAGCGAAUUGCCUUCUCUAGAUGCAGUGGUCUCUCCAUCCUUGCUGCUACCAGUGCAAUCGUUGAUCGCUCCUCUUGUGAUGCGAGCUGCUGCUGAGCUCGUAGAUGAGGAACAACACGAUGAUCUGUCGGUAAUGCUAGCGGAUAUACCACCACAUUCACAGAUCGAACUAACACCAUCGAUGGCCGCCGUACAGCCAGUGGAAGCCGAGCAUCCGUUCGAAACGGAAAAUCUACUGGAGGGAGCUUCACGUGAAUUCACCAACGACUGCUUUCCAGCUGAUCACCUAGAUAGCAGUCAUGCGGCCCCCGAGGAUGAUUUUUAUGCGUUCAUGGAGUGCUGAGCAAAGAUAGCCGCGCGAGAUAGCUGGUGGAUGAUAAUCCAGACGAUCGGAGUUCGAACCCAUAUCGGAGCAGUUUUCACCAAACAUCAAUCUGUGCCAUUUUAAACAUUCAAUUCCACUCCCAACACAAGUCAAUCAAACAAUUAUUAUUUCUACAAACAUAAAUACUCAUAUAUAAAAAUGGCGUUUCGUGAGGCUAUAAUAAACAUUUCACGAAAAUAUUUUGCGCCAUUUGUUUUUUUUCUAUGUCUGUAAUAAAUCGUAUA